GUCCUGAACGAGCACGGGUCGGGGAAAAGGGAGCAAGCUGUGAGGAGAUAGAUGCCUAAACACCACUAAAGUCGCUUAAUUUUUCGUUAUAUUUCUUAUAAGCUGAAUCCAAAACAUGUCAGCAGGCUUGGAGAAACCGCAGAUAAUAGCGCACAUUCAGAAAAGUUUGAAUUACACUGUUUUUGAGAGCAAAUGGAUUCCCUGCAGCGCAAAGUUUGUUUGUAUGGGAAACCUGGCGAGAGGAACGGGAGUAAUGCAGAUCUAUGAGAUUCAACACGGGGAACUGCAGCUGAUCAAAGAGAUAGAAAAAGCCAAGCCUAUCAAAUGUGGAACAUUUGGAGCGACAUCUCUUCAGCAGAGGCAUCUGGCCACGGGAGACUUUGAUGGCAGUCUUAAUGUUUGGAAUCUCGAAGUCCCUGAGUGUCCUGUAUACUCCGUAAAGGCACACAAGGAGAUCAUAAACAGCAUUGAUGGAGUAGGAGGGCUGGGCAUUGGUGACGGGGCACCUGAAAUUGUUACUGGAAGUCGAGACGGUACAGUUAAAGUGUGGGACCCCCGACAAAAAGACACACCUGUGGCAAACAUGGAGCCAUUGGAAGGAGAAACAAAGAGAGAUUGUUGGACAGUUGCAUUUGGUCAUGCUUUCAAUGACCAGGACCGUUGUGUCUGUGCUGGAUAUGACAACGGUGACAUCAAACUAUUUGAUCUAAGAAACAUGUCUCUACGAUGGGAGACGAAUAUCAAAAAUGGUGUAUGCAGUGUUGAAUUUGACCGAAAAGACAUCAACAUGAACAAACUAACGGCAACAUCAUUAGAGGGAAGAUUUCAUGUAUUUGACAUGAGAACUCAACACCCAACCAAAGGUUUUGCUUCAGUAUCUGAAAAGGCUCAUAAAUCUACAGUAUGGCAAGUGAGGCAUUUGCCUCAGAAUCGUGACAUUUUCAUGACAGCUGGUGGAGCGGGUAAUCUACAUUUAUGGAAAUAUGAAUAUCCAGCUCAAAGGAGUAAAAAGGGUGCAGAUGAUGUAGAAAUGGGUGUAGCUGGGACCGUGAAUCUCCUGCAGAAUGUCACUGUAUCUACACAACCCAUUUCUAGUCUUGACUGGAGUCCUGAUAAACAGGGUCUUUGUGUUUGCUCUUCAUUUGACCAGUCUGUGCGAGUCCUCAUUGUGACCAAGCUCAACAGAGUCUGAGUUUACAUUAGACUCUGAACUUUGUUUUAUUAUUCCCAAACAAAUUGGAAUCUUUGACUAGAUACAUACCACAUGUAUUGUGCUAUUAUUUUUCAGUUUUGUGUUAAAAUUUUAUAUAUGAAUUGCUUGUUGAUAUACAUACAUUAAAUGAGUUACCAUAUCCUAAACCCUAUUUGAUUAAGAUAUAAGUUUAUUAACACAGAUGUUUGUGUAUAUGUAGUCAUGGGAGGCAGUAUCUUAAACAUUUUGCAGCGUUCUAGAGUAGAGGCGAAUGGGGCAUCUAACACUUUUUGGCUUUGGCUCUAUCAUUCAAAAAUAUUGAUAUUAGAUUAAUCAUUUUUUCACAAUCAACACACACAUCUCUUCUACAAAUGAACAAAGUUAAAGUUUUGUUUGUGGGACCUACCGUUAUCGUACAAUUACACCAAAAGUGACACGAGCGCAAACGUUAGGUGGGGUUAAUUUUAACAAACAGAGGGUUUGUUGUAAAACCUGCUAGAAGUUUUGGUUUAAACACAAAUAAAUAAAUAAAAUGUGUCUAUAUACUAAAGGUG